AUGUAUAGAAUCAGUGAUCCAAACCAAUAUUUGGUAAAAACUGGUGCUUUUAUCGAUGAUGUUAAAUUAUGUAAAAAGGCAUGGAUAUUCCCUGGCCAAAGGUCCAUGUUUUUCGACAUCACUCCCGCGAAUUACACUUUACAACUUCAAGCUAUGACUGCAGAAAAAUUGGAAUUCAAUCUUCCUGCUGUGUUUACUAUCGGUCCAAAAGAUGAACACAAAAGUCUUGAACGUUAUGCCAAAUUGUUGGCAGCACAUGAUAAAAGUUCAGACCAUGUCAAAGAUUUAGUUAGGGGUAUCAUCGAAGGUGAAACCCGUGUAAUUGCUGCGGGCAUGACUAUGGAAGAAAUUUUUCGUGAAAGAAAAGGAUUUAAAGAACAAGUCAUCAAAAGUGUACAAGCUGAAUUGGAUUAA